AUGACCCAAACAUCACCAUCAACGCCCGAACUUCUCCUCACACAUCUCCCCCCAGAACUCCUGCACACAAUCCUCACACACCUCGACCUCCCUGACCUCCUCCAAACAAGUCGAACAUGUCAUCUCCUACGACACCUCGCCCUCGACCCUUUCCUCCACAGCACGCGCCUCCACACCGCAUCCCUCACCCUCUCGCAUCUACUAUCACACCGCGCCUCCAAAUCCUCCAUCAGCCCGCCAACAUCCUGGAUCUGGAUGUCCCGCACCAACGUCCUGUCGCGCCAGAUCUCCAAAUCCCUCAUCCGAAUACGCUUGGCCCAUAAUCUUGAACAUCGGCCGACCUCUGCGGAGCUCGUCGAGCGCGCAAUCUUGCCUCGAGUCUGUGGUGCAAGCUACGACAGUCCCGUUGCACCGGGCAUCAUUCAGACGCAUCAGGCUGUUCAAAGGCGGAGUGUGCGCGAUCGGCUCGCGAGGAAACUGAAAAGGCGCCCGAGCGUGCGCAGUCUUGUCGACCUCAAUAUCAUUCCUGCUGAGUGUGUGUCGAGGACGAGUACCUCUACACCUGGGUCAACUUCUACGUCAGGUUGCGGCGAGUGCUGCACCGUCAUCGUCUCGCCUGGACUCGUUGCGACACGGAGGAACGUGAUCCGCGAACUGCUGAAAGACGGCCUGCGGGCUUGGGUUUCCGGCCGAGGCAUUCAAGCGCAGAAACGAAAGGCCGAUGAGUUGGAAGCGACGGAGCGCGCGACGGUCAAGAACCUCGUCCGACGAUUCGCGGCACGGAAAAGAGCAGCGGAUGCUGAGUGCGAUGUUGUGAGGAGAUGGCAACAGCAGCAACAACAAAAAGGGCGGAGGAGUCAUGGUUACGGCUAUGGCUAUGGAACGCUGUGGGGAAGGGAGGCGGAGAUUGCUAGGCAACGAGAUGAAGAGCGGAGGGCGAGAAUGGUGGGCGAUUGCGCCAGUGAGGGUGGACAGGACCAGGACUGUAGCACUCGAAAGGCUGGUGUGGACUAUUGGGGCGUUUGUGCUCAGCCGACUCGUGCUCACGUCCUGGGUCUCAAGACGUUUUGGGAGGGCGUCAUUAGAGCUUCUGCUCCUGAUUGA